UUGGUGCAUAACAAAUUAUAGUCCUUUGGUAAAUCAUUUCAAACACCAUGGCCCGCUUUCUCCUUUCAUUGGUCUUUGCCUCUCUCUUAGCCCUGGCUGCUGUCCAUGAAACUCAAGCUAUUGAGUACAUCGUCGAGAACCGGGCUCUCAACACCGCUGGCGGAGUCCGUUUUAGAGACGAGCUGGGCGUGGACUACACCAAGCAAAGAAUGAGAGACGCCACUGAUUUCAUCUGGAACCUCUUUAAGGAAACUACAGCUGCAGAGAGAAGGGACACGCCGCGCAUAAGCUUGUUCGUCGAAGACAUAGAAGGCAUUGCGGUUUCCAGCAGUGACAUUAUUCAUUUUUCAGCAAAGUACAUCGAGGGUCUAACGGCAGCAAAACUAAAAAACGACUUCAAUGGGAUACUUUACCAUGAGAUCACACACUCAUUGCAGAGGAAUGGAAAAGGUCAAGCUCCUGUUGGAUUGGUAGAAGGGAUUGCAGACUUUGUGAGCUUCUUGAAGGCUGGUUUUAUAUACGAUGGUUAUGCAAACCCCGGUGAUGGUAACCGUUGGGACGAGGGUUAUGGCGUAACCGCACGGUUCCUGGAGUAUUGCAAUGGCCUUAAAGACGGGUUUGUUGCAGAGCUCAACAAGAAGAUGAUAGAUGGUUACAGCAACGAUUUCUUUAACCAGUUGCUCGGGAAGACAGUCGAUCAGCUGUGGACUGACUACAAAGCCAAAUAUGCAAACUAAGGGUAGUAUAUCAUAUUAGUUGAUAUCUAUACGAAUAAGACGUUGGUUUUGUAUUUUAGUACGUGGAUUAAGUGUUUGGGCAACAGGUUUUAUGUAACAUGAUUGUCCCUCUCAAUAUUCAUUUAAUGCAAUUGUUUAGUGUGCGUACUAAAA